AUGACCACUACCCCUGGCUUAGGGGAAUGGAAACCCUUUGGGCAUGGACUCGGUCGAGCUAGGCAAACUCGACCGAUUGGUCAAGGAGAUGCUCCAAACCGCCACCAACAGAGACAAGGGAUUGUUCCACCACCAGUGCAGAACCACAACUUUGAGAUCAAGCUGGGAAUGAUCAACCUUGUCCAGAACAAGAUGUUCCAUGGAUUGCCAAGUGAAGACCCCAUUGACCACCUUGAUGAGUUUGAUAGGCUUUGUGAUUUGACAAAGAUCAAUGGUGUCUCUGAAGAUGCCAUCAAGCUGAGACUCUUUCCUAUGUCUCUAGCUGACAAAGCUCACCAAUGGGAGAAGAGCUUGCCCCAUGGCACAAUCACCACUUGGGAUGAAUGCAAGAAGGCCUUUCUUGCUAAGUUUUUCUCCACCGGUCGCACAGCCAAGCUUAGAGGAGAGAUAUCCAGCUUCAUCCAGCGAAACAAUGAGACAUUCGCAGAGGCUUGGGAGAGGUUCAAAGGCUACACAAGUCAGUGCCCACACCAUGGAUUCAACAAUGAAUCACUACUCUCCACUCUUUAUAGAGGAUGCUUGCCUAGGUAUAGGGAGAUGCUAGACACAGCUAGCAAUGGGAACUUCCUCAACCAGGAUGUAGAUGAUGGCUGGCAACUUGUGGAGAACAUAGCUAACUCAAAUGGAAGCUAUGGAGAAGAGUAUGAUCGCACCAACCGGAGCUCGACCCACCACUCGAUCGAGUCAGACGAAAAGUUGAGAAAAGAUGUUAAGGCAUUGAAUGAGAAGUUGGAUAAGCUGAUCCUAGCUCAGUCCACAAUGAAGAAAGUCAACUUUGUGUCUGCUGAGGAGAUGGAACCAGUCCAAGAAGGGGAGGAUACACAAUUUGCUGAGGUGUGCUACAUGAGCAAUGGGCAAGGAGGUUACAACAAAGGAUACUAUAAUUACAAGUCCAACCCUGCCAUGUCAUACCGCAACACUGAUGUUGCUAACCCUCAGGACCAAGUCUAUCCUCAACAACAAGCAGCUCGAUCGAGUCAAGUGCCACAACAUGGGUAUGGGCAAGCUGAUGGGGUAGUGGACACAAGCAAGAAGCUAGCUGAAAUAAACUCUAAGAUCGAGAACCUCAACACAAGGGUUUACUCUCUGGAGAAUCAUGCUUCUUCUGUUGCUGCUGCUACAAAGCAAGGACAACUACCUGGUAAAGCUAUUCAGAACCCCAAGGAACAGUGCAAGGUCAUCUUCACUCAAGAAGGACUUGUUGAAGAAGAGGAUCAAGAAAGGGUCAUUGAAGAUUUUUGUUUACUGCUGAAUGAUGAAGAGAUUGUUGCUGCUGAGGCUCCUGGAGUCCAGAUUGAUCAACCAGAAGUGCAUGCACCUACUGUGGCCAUUCACACUUCACCAGUUGAGCUCGCACGACAAGCUCGAUCGGCAGCUCGAUCGAGUCCAACUCUAGCUCGAUCGAGUCCGACCUCUUCUGUCCGACAGCCUGUUUUGCUUGAUCCUUAUCAACCGGUUGCCGCUUCCUCGUCUCGCCUACUUAGUCAAGGUCACAAGGAAGUGAUUCACAAGUUCAGAAGAGAUCUCAGUGGGAUUGGAAUUGAGUUGCCUCUAUGGAUAGCAUGA